GCAGACUACAAGACGAAGUCAGGGCAUCACAAUGGCGACAGUUUUCGUCUUUCUCUUGACGAUUGUUAGUGGGGUUUUCAGUGAACACACUAAACUAGAAUGGACAGAUUGCGGCACCGACCCAGCAUAUUUCACCAUAAAUAAAGUAGAUGUAUCACCCAUGCCAAUUGAGGUACCGGGUGACAUAGCUCUGACGGUGGGUGCUGUCUCUAAUAAAACUGUCACCCAAGGUGACAUCAAGAUAUCUGUCAAGAGACACACUUUCAUCGGUGAUAUCACAAUACCCUGUUUGUUUCAUGUUGGUUCUUGUGAGUACAAAGAUACAUGUACCUUAUUGGAUAGAAUGGAAAAGGAGAACUGGGCUGGUAUCAUGGGCGGAAUCGGAACCCAGGUCCGAGGACUGUUGUCAUCUAUUGGUAUAACCUCAUUCUGCAAUAUUCAAGCCAGAUCUCUGGACGUUCAGAGUUAUAAACUUAAACUACCACCUAUACCAUCUAUCCUGUCGUUCUUUGCUGAGGGAGACUAUUCAGCACACGUAACCGCAACAGAAGCCGCUUCAGGCCAUCAAGUAGCAUGCUUGGAUUUGAAGUUGUCUAUCAAGAAACACAAAGACAAGACCUGUACAGGCUGGUUUUGUGGCAGAAGAAGAGAUCUUCAUUAAGAAAAGCAAGAUUAAAUCAUUUCGUCGAU